AUGUCCAAAAAACGAAAGAGAGAAGUCGACGUCGAGCUCGUCAAAGUCUACGAAGACCUGGCCGAUGAACAAGAGAACGUUCGUCUCGCUGCGGCCCAUACCUUGCUCUCCAAAAUCUACAAGCCAGGCAUCACCAGCCAUGAGCAGACCAAAACCAUCUUGACACGGCUCUUCCGCGGACUCUGCAGUAGUCGCAAAUCAGCCCGCCUGGGCUUUUCUGUCGCCCUGACCGAACUUCUUUCUCAGCUUGCAGCUGCCCCGGACGUGUCUCCCGAAAGCCAUGUUUCUGUCUCGGCUGUCAUUGACCUACUUGAAGCCCAGACCCUGCCGGAGAAGGGAACCUCUGGCCAGGACGAGCGCGACCAUUAUUUUGGCAGGGUGUUUGGUGCUGACGCCAUCCUGAAGUCGGGCAUUGUCUUCGGCAAGAAAACGGAUCAAAGUCACUUCAAGCGUCUGCUAGAUAUCGUUUGUGCCUUAGCAAUCAAGAAGCCGUGGCUUCGUCAAGAAUGUGGUUGGGUGCUUUACAAUUGCAUUGUAUCCGACCAGGACGACUUGCCCGAGUCGUUGUCGUUACACAUAAUUGACAAGCUGGUAGCGAACAAGCUCAUUCGUACACCCGAAGGUGUGGCCAUCUGGUUGGUGGCGUCUAGGCGCUUUCCCAGUGUCAAAUUGCCCAAAUCCACUUGGAAGAGUGGUCAUCCACUGGUGAAGAAAGAUGUGAAUAUCCUUGCCGAUAUCCUCAAAGAUGCAAAAGUCCAACAGGAGGAAGGGGACUCCGAUCUGAAGUCCCAAGGUUCUGCCAGGUGGUCUGCUAAUCUACAUUUUGCAUGGGAGGUUGUGCUGGCCGAAACCUUCAGAAAUACCUCUCGGGAAUCUGGAGUUAGGAAGGACGUGAAAAAUAGUAUUCGAGGCGAUGACAAGAUUACCUUCGACCUCUUCUGGAAAGUCGUUGUGGAUGAGAGUCUCUUCGCACCUGCAAGCAGCGCCGAGCGCAAGUCCUGGGGGUUCAGUCUCUGGAAAAAGAUUUUCGAAACAGCCCCCCCAGAGCUAUUGAUCUACACAUUCACACCACAAGCGACUCGUUGUCUAGCCAACUCUCUUAAGAGCUCAGAGAGAUUUCUCCAGAGAUCUGCCCAAAGACUGUCCCAAGUCAUUCAGGCCCGCUUGGCCGACACUGAGCCCCGGGAUCAGCGGGCCAACCUCGCCGCAACCUAUGUUCAAGCUCUGUUACAGAGUGUCUCGGUUGGCGACUUUGAUCAGAUCACCAAAUCAAAAACUCUGCAAAGCCUGUUCGAAGCAAAACAAACGGGUGUGGUAGAGGGCAUUAGUUUUGCUCUGACCGACCUUCUGAAGCGAUCUUCUGAAGAGAAGGAGAAGAAGACGACUCUUUUGCAACAGAAAACGAUCUUAAAUCUCCAGUGGAAGAUGAUUUCCGCAAGGCUCCGCCGCUGGGAGCAGAUUCAAAUGCAACAAGAGGGCGAUAUCGACGAAACCGAGAAGGAACUUGUGUCCAGCGUACUCCAGUCAUGGCUCAGAGAAGUCUGUAUCUCACCAACUUCCAACCGUCUUCAUAAUCUAAACGGUGAAUUUCUACCAGAGGCUCGCGACUUUGCGAAAGAACGUCUCAGCUUAGCCUUUGAGCAAGCCCUCAAACUCGGCUCUCUAGGUUGUUGGCUACUGAAGCAUGUGCUCCUCCAUAUCCGCGAAUUAGAGGCGCUCAACGUCCAGAUGAGCACUGCCUUCGAGGACGAUAUUAAGGCCAUCGUGGAAACAGCCUGGCAGAACCUGGCAAAUAUUCAGACCAAUACCCAGAUGUCCUCAACAGUCGACCGAGCGCCAGCCAAAGCUUCGAAAACGGCUGUACACGUAAAAGUUUUGUCUUUUCCAGAGGGAUUGAGUCUGCUUUAUUCGUUACUGCUCUUCCAGAUCUACAGUGGGGAGACAGAAGCUGUGCAAAUCUUGCAGGAAGUGCUUGAAAACUGGAGUCGACGGACAGAUAACCAGAAAAGCAACGCGUCAACUGACAACGGACAGGUGUCUGCCGACGCUAUCAUGGAGAUUCUCCUCAGCUUUGUCUCAAGGCCGUCGAAGUUCAUGAGGCGGAUAACUAUUGACAUCUUCGACGCCUUCGCCCCCAACAUCACUGCUACUGGUCUCGAAGCCAUGUGCCGCAUCCUCGAAACGAAAGAAAACCUUCAGGGACAGCAAGAGAUGUUCGAAGCGGGAGAUGUUGAGAAUGAGGAUGAAGAGCAGCUUGCUUCUGAAUCAGAGAUGGAAGGCUUAGACUCGGAUGUCGAACUCACUUCUAUUUCGGAGUCUAGCCAAUCAGCGGAAACCACAGAUUCGGAAACAGACGACGAAUCUACAGACUCUCAAGCAUCGGCAGGGGAGGAGGAGGAGGAGGAUGCAGAGCUGGCCGCGUUUGAUGCAGCCCUUGCAUCAGCACUUGGCACAAGGCGACUCAACCAAGAUGAUCUCGAUGCUGCGUCAGAUGCUUCUGAAUCGUCCUCUGAUGCUGAUAUGGGGGAUGAUGAAAUGAUGCAAUUAGAUUCAAAGCUUGCAGAAGUCUUCCGCGCGCGAAGUGAGCAACAAUCAAAGAACAAAAGGAAAGAAGCGAAGGAGGCAAAGGAGAACAUUGUCAAUUUCAAGAACCGUGUGCUCGAUCUUACCGAGUCAUAUUUUAAGCACCAACAACACAACCCUCUGACCAUGGACUUGAUUCUGCCCCUCCUCAAGCUCGCAAGAACGACGCAAACCAAGCAGCUGGCCGACCGUGCUUGCAAUAUCCUACAGCAAUUCUGCUCGCGAUGCAAAGGGCCCAACGCCCCCGACUUACCAAGCGACUGCUACAGUGGACAUGUGAUUGAUGUUCUUAAGUCAAUUCACGAGGAAGCAGGCAUGGAGUCAUCGCACGCACACUCUAAUGCGGCAAGUCUAUCGAGCAUUUUAGUUGCAAAGGCCCUCGUCAGAGCCAAUGCAACGAAUAUCAAAUCGAUUGUCGAGAUAUACGCGUCGACAAGAUUGAGGCAACUAACAGACAAGAAAUGUAGGGUAUUGCCGGGCUUCUUCACAGACUGGAACAAUUGGUGUCAAAGUACCAGAGAGAAGCUAGUGGGAUGA